CUGGAGUGGGUUGAACUCGAGCCGUGAAUUUGCGCAAAUUUGUUUCCAAGUGAAACGGUGAGAAGGUGGAACUUUUUUAUAUGCUCUUGUACACAAUGGCAAAGCCAUCAAUCGAGUUAUUUUUAUUCUUCGUCGCCUGCUGUGUGUACCAAAAUACAGGAAGAACCGUCGCAAGCGAAGAAACAACAGUGACUCCGAAUACAAACACGCAUGCGUCGACUAACAGAGAACACAUUAAGGAGUUUGGAAAGAUCGCAGUGCAUGCAGUGGAUUGCACGAAAAGGCGACAGGGAAAAUUUCGUUACGAUAUCGAGAAUGGUCGACUACUUUUGUGUUACCACAAUGCGUGGCGUGAGAUGGGUUGGAGAACCAAAUCUCCUGCGAAGGCAAAACUACCGUUGUCGUGUCUCGAUGCUAAAUUCAAAGGUUUGGACAAAGGCGACGGUCUGUACUGGAUUAACCCUGAAGGAGUUGACGAUCUCAAGAACUCGUUCCUCGCGUACUGUGAUAUGACAAGCGCCGGUGGGGGCUGGACACUCAUAGCAAAGAUCACGAACGAUUACGCGUGGAUUUGCCCCGAGAAAAAAGGCGGGAAUUGUUUUGAUUCGACCGUGGACCCUCUCACGGCGAACCUCUUUCAUUCUGUUCACACGCGAGAUUUCGUCGAUCUUACGAUAACGGCGGACGAAAACUCCGGAAUACACUUGAGGAACGAGAUUAUAAGAAAGCUGUUUAUGAGUGGCCGUCAAUCGGUUAGAUUUUCUUACGUCACGUCGUCCGAAGGUUGGACGCCAAGUGAGGACGCUUAUGCCGCAUUCGAUUCCGCGAAGCCGAACAAAAUGUUUCUUGGAAGAUCCUUGGAAGAUUACUCACGUGACAAUGGAGACUACACGUGGAAUGUGUUGCGUCACGAACGGAAACAGCUCACGUUUUCAGGUUCGAUAAUAUGUUGGGGAAUGGACGUGCAGUCAGACUACCGCUACUACGAUCAAGGCCUACACGUUGGUACUCCGACAGAGGAAAAUAAGAAGUGUCAUCUUCAAAACGACGAGACGCAGAUUAUGCUAAAAAGCCAUUACGCACGCCUGGAUAGUACAGGCAGAUCAGCCAGAUGGGAUAGGGCACAAUUCGGUUUCCUCGGUUCGAAAUUCCUACAGGCACCAUGCGAGAGAAUUGCACUGUGGGUACGGUAACCGCUGACCUAACAUGGUCAAAAGGCACCGUGGGCGCAUGUGAGCCUCUGAUUUCAGGAUUGAAAAGUGGAUGGAGUAUCUAUUGUUGUCAAAAGCUGAAUUAUAAAUAAAUUUUGUUGAAGUCAACGCGAUUCUUCUAGAGACAGUCAACCAAUAGAUCGCUUGAUCCAGUUUACUUUUCAUAAAGUCAGCGGUGUAAAUUUAGAAAGAAAAUGAAGACAACUAUAUAAUUACCACCUUUAUAACUUAUUCAAGUAAAUUAUGCAAAGCUUUUUGUUUUAAACGUCAAUGAAUGGUCCCAAGUACUGUUUGAACUUGUAAUGAAAGAGUUGAUAUAGUGAAAACUUUGUAACGAUGGAAAAUGAUAUUUUUCCAAAUUAUUCAUAUUAACAAUAUUUAACAUAUAUAUAUAGUUUACGAGUAUAAUAUUUAAAUUUUAUCAUUUUAUUAUGAUGUAAAAGUAUGUGAAAAUAUGCAAUACCCAUCGAU